GUUUAAGAAAACACAUUUUCCCAUCAUGGCUGAAUUAUUUCAUCCUCUGGGUGGGUUAUCAUAACUUACUCAUGGUAACACCCCUAUCUAAAGAGUGUUAACUGGUAACUAAUCUUAAGGGAACUAUCUUCUACUUAACAGGUGCUACCACAUAAUGAGCACUUAUGUUGCCAUGGAAACUUUUGUUUACUUCCAACAAAUAGUUGGUUGUUGUUUUUUUUGUAGAUAAUAUAUACAGAAGAUAGACAUGCGGUUUUUUCAAUCCAUGCGUAAAUGAGCAUUGUUUUGAGAGAUAUUUUCCUUUAAUUUUACACAAUUCCUCUUUUGUUGUUGUUCAAAGGCAUUUAAAUAUGUUCCAAUUUUGAUUUGUUUUUGUUUUUUAAAUACAUAUACAUAUCAUUUAUUGAUAGAAACUUUGAGCGCGCUUUGAUUUAUUUUGGUUCACGUGUUCUGCUGAAUGAAGCAAACUGUUUUGGUGUAUAGCUUGCAUUUAACACCUGUAAAAUAAGAGUUGAACACAUAUACUACUCUUGUGCUGAAUAAUGCAGAAAAUGAUGUAGUUUUCAAUCUCUAUAGAACAGUAUUCACCAGGUGAAGCGAGUUGUGUUAGAAACUUUAUAAACAUUCGAGAGAAGAGUAUUUAGAAGCUGGAUAAUUUUUGGGAGCAACAUAAAAUCCUGGAUUCUGUGCUCCAUCCAGGAGGAUCGUUAUCAUUUCAUUCGGAUGAACGAUCAAUAAAAUCAAGUGCAGAGCACAUCAGCAGCCCUCAUUCCUCUGAACCUAUUCAAAUACCAAAAAGAAGAUCCCGGAGAAGGCUUUAUUCUGAAGGAUCCGUACCAGAAGAAGAAUUUGGUGACAGUGGAAUUGACUCUCCACUCCACGAUGGAGGAGGGGUUCGAAAAGAUUUCUUCAGUACAACAACAGUAAACAACGUGAUAUGUGAAGGUAGAGAGCUUGAUACAACUACCCUGUGGAGUGUUGAGAACAACCAUUUCAUGUUCGAGGAUGGCUUUCCAAAAAGUCACCGAAAUGCAAGCAAUGUGGAACCAUGUCCGCCCCAACUUAAACAACACAUGUCAUUAACACUUGACUUUGCUUCGCCACAUGAUCGAGUGUCGUAUUUGCGUGGAAAUAGUCGACAGUUUGCUGCACUAUGUUCUCCUGCGCGCAUUCCACCACAUGUUGCAGCAUCAUACAGAAACAGGUCUUAUUCCCAGCAGUCUACUGAAUCGUGUUCGCCCCUGUACCCCGGUCCACGUAGAGAGCGUACCUAUUCAAACCAAUCCUUGUUUUCGUUUGGAACGCCAAUCAAUACUUCAUCCUUUGAUGUGAACAAUGCCAUGCAAUGUUCUACCCCUUGCUCAACACCUUGCCACGAGGGAAGAGACAGAUCAUAUAGUGAUGCAAGCGCCCCACCUCUACCCUACUCAUUGGAUCUUGUUCAAGGGUAUGAACACACAAAUGAACUUCAUUCAGUUGUCACAGUGCCUGCCCCUCCCACCCCGUUAGAUUUCCAUCUCUUCUUUCCCGAUGAGCCGCCCCCUCCGUAUGAAGAAGAAGAUACAACAGCAAAUGGAGGCCACGAUUUUAGAGAAGAUGCUGACGUCAGCAGUUUAAUAGAACAUUGCUAUGCCGUGCCAUCUGAUAACCAUGCGUAUAAUCCACAGUGGUUACAAGCAAUGAACAUUACACAGCCUUUGGAUUGCCCCUCUGCAAGGAACUUCAAUGAAGAAGAUGCGAUUGAAGCCUUAUCAACGUUUGUGUCGACGAAUUGGUGUUAUGAUAAUGGCGUCACGAAAAAUAUGAAAACAAAAGCAAUUGUACCAACUAAUGGACACCAGUACAUCUUGGAGACGUAUUAUGAAGAACGCUGCACCAGCUGGCAUCAAGAGGCUUACACAAACCAAACCAUAGAUACUGCAAAAAAUGGAACGCCACCAGUUCCAUGGAGCAUUUGCGUAGCCAGACCAAAAAUGUUCCAACAGAAAGAAAUACACGUUGAGGUACCCCAUACAGCUUCGUUAAAGGAUUGUCCAUCUUGUAAUGGUAAAGGAAAUAAAAAGUGUGUUCCAUGUUAUGGUUCAGGAGACUUGAAAUGUUCCAUUUGUGACGGACUCGGAGUAUUGCAUCAUUGUACACAAGAAGACAUGUCAAUACUAGAGCGCCGGUCGUCAUCAUCUGGUUGUCGGACUUGUCACCAUUGUAACGGCGGCAAGAAAACAUGUCAGAGUUGCCAUGGCAAAGGACAAAUGGUUUGUACUACAUGUAAAGGAAAUGGACGUGUGAAAGUUUACAUAAGACUAACAGUAAAAUGGAAGGUUUUAAAAGCUCAUAAAGUGUUGCAAAAAACAAAACUUCCUAAACAAUGCAUUACUGACGUAUCUGGGACGCUUGUUUUCCAAGAACAAAAUGAUCGAGUAUAUCCUUUGAUAGACUUUCCAGAAGAUUAUAUAAAUGUGUCGUCUCGAAAGAUGAUAACUAGUCACGAAGACCAAUUGCGACAUGGUCGUAUAAUAAUGCAGCGCCAUUGUGUAAGAGAGGUACCUGUUACUGAGAUCCGUUCACAAUGGAAAAGACAGGAGUUUACUUAUUGGGUGUAUGGAAAUGAAAAUCAAGUUUAUUGUCCAGAUUACCCUUCGAAAUGCAUGAUGGGAUGCAACAUUUUGUAAAUAAAAAAGAAAAACAUUUAAAAGAAAACUAUAUAGUGGAACCACAGCGUUCUAGUUGUAUAUAUACUUAAAAGAAGUUUAUUUAAAGAAUUUUUUGUUUUGUGAGAAAACACGUAGGAUAUAAAAAUAUAGAUAUUCUGAGA